CUCGGCAGCACUGCAAGCCGCAACCGCAUCAAACAGCUGUGCAAAGCACAUCUAAGGAACGCCAGACAGUGGUACUUGCUGUGCCGGUCCAACUCCUGCAACCGUACAUCGGUGCGCGCACGUAGUCGACCAGUGCAGCCUGCUGCACACAUUGUGAGGCGCAAAAACAAUGCGACGAGCCCUCACGACCAUAGCCCUCGGCGCACGCUACGCGUCGUCGCUGUCGACGAGCAAGCGUAAAAUCCUCGUGUUGCACGGCAAGGGCGGAUCGGGCGCGUCGAUGAAGCUGCGCUUCCAAGCCAUCGAGAACGCGCUGCCCGAAUUUGAUUUUACGUACGCCACCGCACCGCAUGAGUUGGACGGAGGAGGCUACCAGUGGUGGACGCUGCCGCCGGGCGUGCGCUCCUACCAGGCCACGGAGUACGGCGGCGUCGACGCGGCGCUCGACGUCGUGCGCUCCUCGCAAGCCGACGUCGUGUGGGGUCACUCGCAGGGCGCGAUCCUCCUGGGCUUCGCUGCGGCCACUGAAGCCAUCGACUGGCUCGGCGGCGCCAAGCUCAUCCUGAACGGCGCGUCCUGGCCGAAACCAUAUGAGGCCGAGCUCGAGCGCGGCUGCCGCGGGGACACGCUGCACGUCCUCGGCGCGACGGACGACAUCAACCCGCCCGAGCAGGCGCGGCGCCUGGCGGCUUGUUUUGACAAUGCGCGCGUCCACGUCCACCCGGGCGGCCACUACGUCCCUACGGACGAGGCCGCCAUCGAGUGCUAUCGGGACUUCCUCCUGUCUGGCGCCGCGUCCGACUGUCCAUUGCCCAUGUCGACCGAUGCACCUCAGGUCAUGAUCGAGCGGACCCUGAACUCGUUGGCCGGUGACGACGUCGACGCGGCGCUCCGACGGAUAUGGGACCUAGCGGGGGACACGUUCAAGUACUACUACCGUUUUGACACCCUGGACGAGUUCAUCAAGGACGCGAAACAGACGAGUGACGAAUUCGCAACCAGUUUCUACGGCAUGGCGAUCACGGGCAAGCGCUGGACGGUCCUGCGACCUUUUACAGUGGCCGGCGGCUGUGUGGAAAUCAACCAGUGCGUCGGGUGCACCGGACAAUUCUUCACUAAGUCAUUUCUCGGUGAUGACGCGGCCGUGCUGGCUCCGUCGAGCGGCGAGGAACCGGCAUCGCCACGCCAUCGAGCUGGCGUCGCGUCGAUGGCGUGGAGGACGACGCGACGAUUCAGCACGAACGCACCGUAAAAUUUUGAUUUCCACACAGGCGGGCGGGCCCGACGGCUGGAUCGGGACCUGUGUCGUCGAGACCGUGGCGCGCGACGACC